AUGUCUCAACAAAAUGGAAAAGAAACCGAAAAGGUAACAAACAAUGAACCAAAUGACGAUGGGCGGGAUAAUGAAACCAAAGAGGUAGUCGAGAAAGAGAAAUGGUACGUGCCUUCACCAAUAUAUAAGCCACUCAAUCCUUAUCCUCAAAGACUGGCUAAAUCCAAAACCGAAGGUCAGUUUAAGAAAUUUGUAGAGCUUCUGAAAAAACUUAAUAUUACAAUACCCUUUACAAAACAUAUUACACAAAUGUCUUCCUAUGCCAAAUUCCUUAAAGAGAUCCUAUCUAAUAAGAAGAAACUUGAGGAUAAUGAGACAUUGAUGCUUACUACAAAAUGUAGUGCCCUCUUUCAAAAUAACAUGCCUCCUAAGUUAAAGGACCCAGGUAGUUUUUCCAUAUCUUGUGUAAUCGGAAAAUUUGUCAUAGACAGAGAUCUUUGUGACUUAGGAGCUAGUGUCAGUUUAAUUCCCCUUUCGAUUUGUGAAAAACUCAAAUUAGGCGAACUAAGACCUAUGAGAAUGUCUCUCUAA